GCAAUAAAUGUCUCUCCAACUCCAUAUACCCCUCAAUCAAGCUGCAGAGAUAAUAUUGUGCCAACAUGCACAAUGCUCUUGCAAAAUCUAGCCUCGAAGGAGGGCAAACAAGUGGUUGGUCAUAAUAUACAAUCAUGGGCGAAGCAUAGGAGACAUUGCGGAAGUAGCCAAGAGCAUGGCGCGCGUCAUUACAGUACAGAAAGGGGACCGUCGAGUCAAUUGAGGGAGGAAUGGGCGCGAGAGCAUGUGAAAGACCUCUCGAACAAGCAGAAGGCGAAGAAGGAAGCUAGGGCCAUAGACAAGGACUUUUUCAUGUCCGUCCUAGGCUCGUCUGCCACGAAACGAGAAGCAAAGUCCUAUAUUCAACGCUUUACUCCUUUGAAAGAUCCCUCGCCGGCCACGAAACCUCCCGUUGACAUUGCGCUGAAACCACAACCAGCACGCGGAUGUGGAGUGAAUCUUGGUGGAUUCUAUGGACCUGCUGCUGUGGAAGAGAGCCCCAAGUUUGUUCAACAACCAGAAAAGAGGACGAAAAUUUCCGUUAGACCUCAGCUUCAUGUUGCAUUGGUUAAGCUCAGAGCCCCGCAGACUCUGAACGAUGAAAUAUUGAAUGGCAUUGGAAGGACACUUUCUCAACUCGGAAGGCUUGGCUUGAUUAGUGUGGUAGUUGUUGACAGCCAAGAUGGAUUGAAGCCUCACAAAGCGGACGCCAAUUGGCGAGCCCAGGAAACAAAACAAGCAAAUCGAGCUGUAGCAGCUAUUGACGCAAGUGGAGAAUCAGGCGCACGACUGGUGGACAAUAUCAUUGGAGUUUAUGAAGAAGCCUCGAAGCAAGGCUUUCGCCAGCACCCGACACACGUAACUCUGCGAAAUUUGUUAAUGACUCCUCUAAGGCGGGGCGUCAUUCCUAUUAUCCCUUGCGUUGGUUACUCAGACAUCACUCAGACAGCUAUCCCCGUCUCUGCUACUGAUGUCGUACUGGCUCUUACAAGAGAGUUGGCUGGGUUGCCGUCAGAGCUGAUGCCGGAUGAGGACCCAAAUGUUGUGAGAGAACGUUUACAGGCUCUCCGGGAAGAAGUGUCGCUCGACCGAUUGAUUAUAUUAGAUCCUCUAGGAGGCAUUCCUGCUUCUGAUCAACCUAGUGGCUAUCACGUUUUCCUAAACAUGGAGCAAGAAUUUGAAGCUGCAAAAGCUGAUUUGCAGCGUGAUUUACAGCUAGAAGCUGAUGAAGCGCAUGUGCCGCGUCAAAACAAGGAAAUACACAUAUCAGACCCCGGGGCCAGUAACCCUUUUUCGUUUCUUGAAGUCGAAUUUGGUGGCCCACAAUCAUCUGCCGAAUCACUGCCGCAGCAGGAGACCCUUGGAGAUGCAAAAUCUGGAAAUAUACAUCAUCUACAAAAUCUCGAAUUAGUUAGACGGGUACUUUCGAUACUACCACCCAGCUCGUCCGCAUUGUUGACCACUCCUGAGGAGGCGGCGAACUCUGGAAAAGAUGCGCCAUUCCAAGCGGCCAGGGUAGGGACUCGACGACAGCGAAAUCCCUUGAUACAUAAUCUCCUCACUGAUAAGCCUGUCUUCUCUUCCUCCCUGCCCAUGGGACGUCUCGGCGGGCAGACAUCUGUUAAGGGACCGGUAUCUCCAGCAGAAAGCACCACUCCGACAACUUUUGCUAAACACGGAAUGUCUGUCACAAUCUUUCCAGAUCCGAAAGUUGCUCCUUGGACGCCGCCAGUCCCAGGACAACCCUAUCUGACCUUGACAGAUUCCAGAAUCGAUCUUGCUCGCCUCGUUCAUUUGAUCGAAGACUCCUUCGGCCGGAAGCUUGACACCCAGGAGUAUCUUGAAAGAGUCAACGGUCGUAUCGCAGGAGUCAUUAUUGCUGGAGAGUACGAGGGCGGAGCUCUCCUGACUUGGGAGAUACCGCCUGGAAUGAAAGAUGACGGCUCUCCAGAAAGCAGAGCACGAAUGGUACCCUAUCUCGACAAGUUCGCGGUUCUCAAGAGAUCACAAGGCAGUGGCGGAGUUGCAGAUCUGAUAUUUAAGGCGAUGGUCCGAGACUGCUUUCCUCAUGGCGUUGUCUGGAGAAGCAGAAAGACAAACCCGGUGAAUAAGUGGUACUUCGAGAGAUCUCGGGGUACUUGGAAGCUACCUGGCACAGGGUGGACCAUGUUUUGGACCACGCCGGAGCUGAGCAUGGAUAAGCAAUUAUUUUUGGACUAUGAGGGAGUUUGCAGAGGAAUAGAACCCUCUUGGGCUGACAAUAAGGCGAUCUUAGACUAAGUCAAUGAAUGAAGAGCUUGAGCAUGAUACAUUGUUCGACUCCGG